AUGUCCUCUUCUGCUGUGCCGCCAGAGUCGGGCAGGAUCGCCGUAGCGGAAGUCGCGACUACAGCUAGCCCUGCGACCCCAGCGGACCCGAAAUCACCUCGGACUACAGGUGGAAUCCAGACCCCUUUGGACCCCACAAGAAUAGUCAACCCCUCCCGGCGCCGCAGAGUCUUGAUCCUGCUAUCUUUCCCGCUAUUCUUCUUGCUGGGCGUACCCUUCUGGUGGUGGUCUACGAGCAUCGAACGGCUGAGCCUGCCGGUGGAAAGGAUAGCAGCGCUGGAAUCUGCUCCUGUCACGACAGUGAGGUCGACCAUCCUCCUCACCUCCGCGCCAGACGCAUAUCCACCACCUCCGCCUGGUGUGCCCUCAUAUGGCCCGAGGCAGGUCUGCGAGGCGCUAGGGGAUUCAGUCAUCAAGAGUACGGAGGCGUACUAUAAGCAGGGGGGGAGGCUGGGGACUAGAUGGUGGGAUAUGGUGUAUGAGGGUGGGGGAAGGGAUGCGCCAGCCUUACACGUCCACUUGCUGCGCUCAGAGUAUGCGUCGACUGAUUUCCCGCUGAAGCCAUACGUCCAAACCCCGCACCUCGGUCUGGCGGGCAUACCGGGUCCAGGCGGCGCAGCUGGUGGGGUCAAAGCAGGGACGUUGGUGAUCCCCAUACACCCCAAACAGGUCGGCGAUCGGUAUCUCCGGGAACAUCUGAAGCUGGCUAUCACCGACUCUAUCCUGGGGCUGUACCCCUCUGAACCGCCAGAAAUACCCCUGCGGGCGAUCAAGUAUUCGCCGAACGUCACGCUGAGCUUCGUGCUGCUUAAUGAGGACGCGGCGGAGGGCGAGUAUGUACAGGGCUGGGAUAUCGAGGCUGCGAUCCGAGAGCACUUUACACCCCACUUGGAACCCCUCCGACCCAUCUUCAAUUUCACCAUCGAAUCUCAGAUGCUUUAUCACGCGCCCCUCUCGUUCGAGCCGACGUGGACCGACGUAGCCUCGCAAGGGGAGGACGUGAAGUUGCAGAUUGAGUCUGCGCUUGGCGAGGCCGAGAAGGGCAAGGAAGGGGCCGAGGAGGUGGCUAAGGCGCUGAUAGAGGAGGACAAGAGGGAGAAGGCGUGGAUGGUCGAUGAGGAGAUGAUGAAGGUGUUUGUCAACUCGGAGAGGUGGACUCUAGACUCUGGAAUCUCGCAGAACCCAGUCCUCCGUUUCCUCCUCUUUAUCCCUUCGCCUUCGCACCGCCCUUUGCUCCUUUCCGCCCCAUCAUCCUCGCCCCCCUCUUUCCUCCUUCCCCAAUUCGGCAGCGUCGUCAUUCUCAACCCACCCUCUUCUGCGCCGACCUACCACCUCACCCCACCCGCCCUCAAAUCCUCCUUCCACCUCUUCACGUCACACCUCUACUCCCUCCUAGCCCUCCCCGGGACACCGCCCAAGGUGUACCCGUGCCCGCCACCCGAUCCCCGCAUGGAACCGAGCGGACUCCGGGAUGGACUGAAUCGGUGGCAGCUCGAGUCGGUAGCGCGGCAGCGGAUGAGGGAAAAUGAGGACGAGGCGAGAAAGACGCUUGUGGGGAUCGGGAGGCUGGUCAAGAAGAUCAAGGAGAUGCAGGUGGGUGAGGAAGUGAGGGGCCGGGUGGUGGGUGCUGUAGACAGGCUGGAGAAGAUGGCAAAGACGAGAGACCCGCUUGAGGCGUUUGUGCUGUCGCGGGAUGCCGUAGCACUUGCGAACGAGGCAUUCUUCCAUCCGUCCAUGAUGGGCCUGCUGUACUUCCCAAACGAACACAAGUUUGCGGUCUACACACCCUUAUUCGCCCCGAUUGCAGUGCCAAUCUUGGUCGGAAUGCUGAAAGAGCUGGUUGCUUGGGUCCGGAGACGGAAGCUUAGGGCGAAGCGAAGGGCGGGGCAGCCGGCCCAACCGGCCCCGACCGACCCUACAGCGGAGGAACCAGCUGGCAUGGAGCCCGGGGGGUUGACUCACUCAGCGGCAGACAAGCUCGCUGGGAUCGGUGCGUAUGUCUCUGAGUCGAGCGAGGAGGGAUCGGCUCGAGGAGUGGACGUGGUGGGAUUGGCGGACCUGGUCAUUGUCGGUCCCGCAACAGAUAGAAGAGGGACGUUACGGGCGAGACCGAGUCGGGCGGCGCAGCCGGCGAGCUAG